GCUUACCAGGACUUCUGUGUGGACAAUGCAAGGAGCAUCUGCCAGGGGGACCAUUUGAAGGCUGCAAGGGCAUCAUACCUUCUGGAUGUGGUGGAUGGACCAAGCUUCAAGGAGGUGACUCUCUACUACAAUUCAAGGUGUGUAGAUGCUCCUCAAGUGCAAUGAUCCUGAGAUGGUGCAAGUGACUCCACUGCGGGAUGUGUGACUGGACUGAGCUCCUGGAUGGACAACUAAACUCAUCAUCCCAAGCACUUUGUACAUCCAAGGAGAAGCCUCUAAGCCUGUGGAGCUAACACUCAUGUGCAUUGCUUUCUCUAGAUCACAGUAAGUGGAUGGUUUUAGCAGCUUUGUAAUACUCUGCAUGGACUUGCAUGUGCAACAUGAGUCCCCUGUGUGUGAGGACUGUUGACCCACAUGAACUGAUGCAUUUCUUGGUCUGUUUGUUGCUGAUAUCCCUGCCUGGAACAUCAGGCAGCUCCCAAGCUCGUCAGAUAUUUCAAGUUCUGGAGGAGCAGCCACCAGGGGCUUAUGUAGGCACCAUCAGCACUAAACCAGGCUUUACCUACAGACUUAGUGAAUCCCACGCGCUCUUUAGCAUGAACUCUUCUUCUGGCUCUAUCUACACCACCUCAACCAUAGACAGGGAGAGUCUUGCCAGUGAUGUUAUCAAUCUGGUCGUUCUCUCUAGCCAACCAACGUAUCCAACUGAAGUUCGUAUUACUGUCCUGGAUAUCAAUGACAACUCCCCCGUGUUUCCCGAUCCCUCCAUUGUGGUGUCUUUUAAAGAGGACACACAAGGAGGAAGGCAGGUUAUACUGGACACUGCUACAGAUUCUGACGCUGGUACCAAUGGUGUAGAUCACCGCUCCUAUCGGAUUGUGUCAGGAAAUCAGGAUGGGCGCUUCAAAUUGGGAAUUACAGUUAACCCAAGCGGGGACGGUGCUUUUCUCCAUUUAAUGUCGCAAGGUCCAUUAGACAGAGAGACUGUUCCAUGUUAUUAUUUGGUGGUAGAAGUUGAAGACAAAGGUUCACCCAAAAGAUUAGGCCACUUACAAGUGAACGUAACAGUGCAGGAUAUCAAUGACAACCCACCUAUGUUCAGCAGCUCUCAGUACCGAGCUAGAAUUGAAGAGGACGCCCCUGUAGGUUCAAGUGUUCUUAAAGUAGAGGCUACUGACAGGGAUGAAGGGGAUAAUGCUGCUAUCGUAUACCAACUGGCAGAAGGAACCCCUUUCCAGAUUGACCCAGAAAGUGGACUUGUUACCAUUAGGGAGCCAUUGGACUAUGAAAGUCAACAGCAAUAUACUUUGAGUAUCGAGGCCAAAGACCUUGGCACCCCACCUCUAACUGGCCGUGCUGAAGCAAUUGUGUCCUUGAUUGACAUUAACGAUAAUGAUCCGGUUGUAAAGUUCCGCUAUUUUCCUGCCAGCUCUCGUUAUGCCUCAGUGGAUGAGAAUGCUCAGGUGGGUACAGUGGUAGCUCUACUUACUGUCACUGACUCAGACUCACCUGCUGCAAAUGGAAAUGUCACCGUGGCUAUACUGGGAGGAAAUGAGCAGCGCCACUUUGAAGUACAGACAUUAAAGGUGCCCAAUCUAAGCCUUAUCAAAGUGGCUAGCGCACUGGACAGGGAGCGCAUACCUUCUUACAACUUGACUGUUAGUGUGUCAGAUCAGGGGCAUCCUAGGCCUAGGUCAUCCGUGGCUAGCCUUGUGAUCUAUGUGAACGAUAUCAAUGAUCAUCCUCCAGUCUUCCAAGAGCCACAAAGUGAAGUGGAAAUCAAUGAGGAUUUACCGCCUGGAUCUUAUAUCUGUGGAGUUUCAGCUACAGAUGGGGAUACUGGGCUCAAUGCCAACUUACGAUACUCCAUUGUAUCUGGAAAUAAAUUGGGAUGGUUUUCCAUUAGUGAAAACAGUGGACUGGUGACCAGUAUAUCUGCUCUAGACCGGGAAACAGCUCCACAAUUGCUUCUUAAUAUCAGUGCACGAGAUCAAGGCCCUCAGCCCAAAACAAGUUAUGCUACUCUACUUGUUAAUCUCUUGGAUGUAAAUGAUCAAAGGCCCACUUUCACUGGCCUUCAAGCCGAUAACCGGCAGUGGGUCUCCAUACCGGAAAAUUCACUCAUAGGCACUGAGCUGGUCACACUAAAGGCCACCGAUGGUGAUCUUGGGAGCAAUGGAACUAUCCGUUUCUACUUUGAUUCUGAUAACCCAAGCCCAUGUCAAGCAUUUUUUCGUUUGGACCCUUUGUCUGGCCUACUCACUACACGAUCUGAGCUGGACAGGGAGCAUCAAGAAAACUGUACUUUGGCAGUGCUGGCUACUGACCUUGGAACCCCAGCUCUUUUCUCCUCAGCUACCAUCACUGUUACUCUGUUGGAUGUAAAUGACAAUAGUCCUGUUUUUUAUCCUGUGCAGUACUUUGCCAACAUUCAGGAGAAUGAACCACCAGCAAGUUUUGUUGUUUCUGUGACAGCCGCUGAUCCUGACUUGGGUGUGAAUGGUACCGUUAAAUAUUCCAUUAAAGUAGGGGACACUUCGAAAUUCCAGAUUGAGGCUGAGACAGGAGCUAUUACAACAAAGGCUGCUUUGGACAGGGAAGAGAAAACAGCUUACCAGCUAAAAGUUGUCGCCACUGAUGGAGGAGGCCUACACUCUCAUAACCACGCCAUUGUUACUAUCACUGUGUUAGAUACCCAAGACAAUCCACCCGCCUUUACCCAGGACACAUACACGUUUGUUAUGUUUGAAAAUGUGCCUUCAGGAUAUCAUGUUGGAACCGUCACAGCAACCACUAUGGAUCUUAAUACAAAUAUCACAUACCUUAUAACUACGGGAGACCAAAGGGGGAUCUUUACAAUAGAUAAAAACAGUGGUCUAAUCAUGACAGCAGGAGUGGUUGACAGAGAAGAACAGGGCUCUUACCACCUUAAGGUUGUGGCUACUGGUGGAGCAGUAACUGGUGAAGCAAUUGUUAAUAUCACAGUCAAAGACCUAAAUGACAAUGCUCCCCACUUCCUGCAUGCAGUAGAAAGUGUAAAUGUGGUGGAAAAUUGGAAGGCAGGUCAUAUUAUCUUUCACGCUAAGGCUGUCGAUCCAGAUGAGGAUGUAAAUGGCAGGAUCAUUUACAGCUUAAAGCAGAACCCGCUAGGUUUGUUUCAGGUGGAUCAAAUGAGUGGUGAAGUGAGCAUUACUGGAGCCCUCGAUGUCAGUGCUGGAUCAUACCAAGUAGAAAUUUCGGCCUUAGACAUGGGUGUUCCUCAGCUGUCUUCCAGCUUCAUAUUAACUGUCUCUGUACAUGAUGUCAAUGAUAAUCCUCCUGUCUUUGACCAGAUUUCAUAUGAAGUUACUCUGUUAGAGUCUGAACCAGUUAAUUCGAGAUUUUAUAAGGUCCAUGCUACUGACAAAGAUUCUGGGGCCAAUGGGGAGAUUACAUAUCAUAUUACAGAUGGGAACGUGGGGGCUGCAUUUGGAAUAUUUCCUGAUGGGCAGUUAUAUGUGAAGAGUGAACUGGACAGAGAAGUUAAAGAUAUCUAUGUUUUGCUUAUUACUGCUUCAGACAGAGCUGUAGAGCCUCUUAGAGCCACAGUUAAUGUCACCGUAAUUCUUGAGGAUGUCAAUGAUAAUAGGCCAUUAUUUAACAGCACUAAUUAUGUUUUCUACUUUGAAGAGGAGCAAAGAGGUGGGUCAUUUGUUGGCAAAGUCUUUGCCUUAGAUAGAGACAUAGGUUCUAAUGGUAAUGUCAUGUAUGCAUUUGAAACCAUGCAACCUGACUUUGAAUUAAACACCAUCACAGGGGACCUCACCAGCACACAUCAGUUUGAUAGAGAGACUCUUAUGAGACAAAGGGGGGCUGCAACAUUUACUCUUAAAGUAGUCUCAAGUGAUCUAGGUUUACCCAAACCCCUGAAAGACCAAGCCACUGUACAGAUUUACAUAAAAGACAUCAAUGAUAAUGCUCCUAAAUUCUCUAAAGAUCUCUACCAAGCCAGUAUUUCAGAAUUAGCUGCAAACAUGACCGCGGUUUUACGUGUCUCUUCUUCCGAUGUAGAUGAGGGAAACAACGGGUUAGUAAGCUAUUCUAUUAUUAAAGGCAAUGAGGAAAAUCACUUUUCAAUUGAGAGUAGCACAGGGCAGGUAUCACUCAUAGGGAGAUUGGACUACGAAGCAACGGCUGCCUAUUCUCUCACUAUCCAAGGCGUGGAUUCAGGGAAUGUCCCUUUAACUUCAACAUGUACCUUAUAUAUUGAUGUACUUGACGAAAAUGAUAACACACCAUCGUUUCCAAGGUCAGCUCUGCUUGCAGAUGUUUUAGAAAAUAUGAGGGUUGGAGAACUGGUGUCUUCAGUUGCAGCCACAGAUUCUGACUCUGGGGACAAUGCCGAUAUUCAUUAUAGUAUUACAGGGACUAAUAACCAUGGGACCUUUAGUAUUAGCCCCAACACUGGAAGCAUCUUCCUGGCUAAGAAGCUGGAUUUUGAAACUCAGUCAUUGUACAAAUUAAACAUUACAGCGAAAGAUAAUGGCAGGCCACCCCGCUCCUCUACCAUGUCAGUUGUCAUACAAGUCAGGGAUUUCAACGACAACCCACCCAGCUUCCCAGAUGGAGAUAUCUUUAAAUCAGUAACUGAGAAUGUCCCUGUUGGAACAUCCAUUGUAACUGUGACUGCCUCUGAUCCUGAUGCAGACAUCAACGGACAGCUCAACUAUGCUAUUAUUCAUCAGAAACCAAGGGGCAGUCACUUUGUGAUUGAUGAGGUGCGAGGGAUAAUCUUCACUAAUGCAGAAAUUGACCGAGAGUUCUCUAAUCUGUUUGAACUCACUGUUAGAGCCAGUGAUCAAGCUGUACCCGUAGAGACCCGAAAAUACGCCUUGAAAAAUGUUACCAUAUUAGUUAAUGAUCUUAAUGACAAUGUCCCUACAUUUAUGUCGCAGAAUGCCUUUGCUGCAGAUCCUAGUCUGGUCAUUGGAUCUGUCCUGACCACAGUUGCAGCCUUUGACCCAGAUGAGGGUCCCAAUGGGGAGAUAGAAUACGAAAUUGUUAAUGGAGACACUGAAACGUUCAUCGUGGAUCGCUACAGUGGGGACUUGAGGGUGGCCUCUGCAAUGGUCCCAUCACAUCUCAUUUACAACCUUAUUGUGGCUGCCACCGACUUAGGACUUGAAAGAAAAGGAACUACAACUGAGUUGACCAUUAUUCUUCAAGGGACUGAUGGGCCAGUUUUUUCGCAGCCAAAGUAUAUAACUGUUUUAAAAGAGGGGGAGCCUGUUGGUACAAAUGUAAUAUCUAUUGAGGCAUCUAGUGUCCGAAGCGCAGAGACGACAGUGGAAUACUUCAUCGUUUCUGUAAAGUGUGAAGGAAAAACUGUUGGACGUUUAUUCACCAUUGGGCGCAAUACAGGCGUCAUCCAAACGGCAGCAGUUCUGGACAGGGAGCGCGGAGCAAAGCUGUACCUGCUGGAUGUGUAUGCUAUUGAGAGAGAAAGCAGUUUUCCCAGGACUCAGAAAGCUGAGGUGGAAAUCACACUUCAGGAUAUAAAUGACAACCCACCAGUAUUUCCAACCGAUAUUCUUGACCUUACAGUAGAAGAGAACAUUGGAGAUGGAUCAAAAAUUAUGCAGUUGACUGCAACAGAUGCCGACGAGGGUCCUAACGCCCUGGUAACAUACACAAUAAUUAGUGGCGCUGAUGACAGUUUCCGUAUUGACCCACAGUCAGGAGAUUUGAUUGCCACCAAACGCUUGGACAGAGAACGCCGCUCUAAGUAUUCCCUGUUGGUUAGGGCCGAUGAUGGCCUUCAGUCGUCAGAUAUGAGAAUUAAUAUCACAAUAAGUGAUGUCAACGAUCACAUCCCAAAAUUCACCCGAGCCGUCUAUUCAUUUGAUGUAGCUGAGGACACAAUGCCAGGUUCCAUUGUAGCUGCAAUAUUGGCCACAGAUGAUGAUUCUGGUAUUAAUGGAGAAAUCACCUACGCUGUCACCGAUGAUGAUGAGGAUGGCAUGUUCUUUUUGAAUCCUGUAACUGGAGUAUUUAACGUAACACGUGCACUAGAUUUUGAAAUACAGCAGUAUUACAUUCUCACUGUGUGUGCCCAAGACGGCGGAGGACAAUCAUCAUGUGUUAGAGUCUAUUUUAAUAUUUUGGAUAUCAAUGACAAUCCCCCAGUCUUCAGCUUGAGUUCCUAUAGCACAUCCGUAAUGGAAAAUUUACCGAUCGGAUCAACAAUUCUGACAUUCAAUGUGACGGAUGCUGAUGAAGGUUUGAACUCCAAGUUAUUAUACAGUGUAUCUUCAGGAGACAGUAUGAGCCAGUUUCAGAUUAACAAGGAUGGAGCCUUAAGUAUUCUUCAAGCACUGGACCGAGAAACCCAGUCCUUCUAUAAUCUAGUAGUACAGGUUCAUGAUUUGGCCCCUCCACCAGCAUACAGAUACACAAGCACCGUGGAAGUGUCCAUCAUUUUGUUGGAUGUCAAUGAUAACCCACCAAGUUUUAUAUCUCCAAAGCUGACUUAUAUCCAAGAGAACACACCUACUGAUACUAUCAUAUUUCGUGCACAAGCCACAGAUCCAGACAGUGGUCCAAACUGCUAUGUCCAGUAUUCAUUGCUUAGCUCAUUGGGAAAUAAAUUCAGUAUAGGGAAUAUUGAUGGUGAGGUGCGACUGAUGGGAGAGCUAGAUCGAGAAGAUAUUUCCAACUAUACUUUAACAAUUAUAGCUACCGAUAAAGGAGAACCUUCGCUUUCUUCUUCUGUGGAUGUUGUAGUCAUGGUUCUUGAUAUUAAUGACAAUAAUCCUCAUUUUUCACAAACUCUCUUUAAAGUGGAGAUUAGUGAGAAUAUACUAACUGGAACAGAUCUCAUUCAAGUGUUAGCAACAGAUGCAGAUGAAGGAAUAAAUGGCAUGGUUCGUUAUGCUAUUAUAGAUGGAAAUCCAAGCAAUGAGUUCAGGAUUGAUUCAGUCACUGGAAUAAUAUCAAUUGCCAAGCCUUUGGAUCGUGAGAAGAAAUCUUCAUACUCCUUGGUCAUCCAGUCAUCAGAUCGGGGCAGCAGUCCACGAACAGAUACAGCAACAGUCAGCAUUCUCCUUUCUGAUGUUAAUGAUGUGGUUCCUAAAUUUGAAUUGUCCCCCUAUUCAGUAAAUGUACCGGAGAACUUAGAUUUAUUACCGAAAACUGUGCUUCAGGUUGUUGCCAGUGAUGAUGACCAGGGGCUUAACAGCAGAUUAACAUAUGCCCUAGCUUCUGGCAAUGAGGAUGGGGCCUUCAGAUUGUCUUCUAAUGGACAGCUUAGUGUGGUGAAAAGUCUGGAUCGAGAGAUGAAAGAGCAAUACAUAUUAUUAAUCACAGCUGCGGAUUCAGGAUCUCCCCCCCUCACUGGAACAGGCACAAUUAACAUCAACAUAGAUGAUGUCAACGACAACAAACCUGCAUUUGCCUUAAGUCAGCAUUUUAUAAGUAUCCCAGAAGAUGCACCCACUGGCACAGAUAUCCUUCUGGUCAGUUGUUCUGAUCCUGAUUCGGGUCUGAACGGUGUUGUUCGCUACAGUCUGGUUGGUGGGAAUUCUCAGUUUACAAUUAAUCCUUCUACUGGUCAGAUCAUCAGCAGCUCAUUGUUAGAUAGAGAGGUGAAGGACAAUUAUACACUUCUCAUUGUGGCUACUGAUGGUGGUUCCCCAAGCUUAUCCAGUUCAACUAGUGUAACUGUGAAUAUCCUGGAUGUGAAUGAUAAUCCGCCAAGAUUUUUACAUCAUCCAUAUGUAACUCACAUACCAUCACCUACAGCUUCUGAUUCUUUUGUGUUUGCUGUGACUGUGACUGAUGAAGAUAUUGGCACAAAUUCAGAGCUUCACUUUUCCUUAAAAGGCCGACAUGCAGACAAGUUUCACAUUGAUCCACUACGUGGUGCUAUAAGGACUGCUGGACCAAUAGAGGGAUCUUCGGAGAUAACAUUUUCUGUCCAAGUAAAGGAUGGUGGUGUUAAUUAUAAAUCAGAUUCAACCACUGUGACUGUCAGGUUUGCUAACAAAGCAGACUUCCCCCAGAUCAGAGCCGAUCAGACAACAUUUGUAUUUUCAGAGAAUCAAGUAGUAGGAACUUUAGUGACAACAGUCUUUGGCUCGUCUACAAGAGGUGGAAGUUUAUCUUUUUACAUUGCCAGUGGUAACUUUGGCAACACUUUUCAUAUUGAUGAAUUAAAUGGACAGCUUUACAUUAAGAACCCAUUAGAUUUUGAAACCAUUUCAAAGUAUGUCCUAUGGAUUGAAGCUAGAGAUAUGGGAUUCCCACCAUUCUCCUCUUAUCAGAAGAUAGAAGUUAAUAUCUUAGAUGUUAAUGACAAUGUGCCACAAUUUAGACAAGAUCCAUUUGUUGCAGAAAUAAUGGAGAACCUGUCACCUCGCAGGAUACUCACAGUUUAUGCGAAAGACAAGGAUAGUGGAUCCAAUGGUCAACUGGAUUAUGCAAUUGUUGAUGGGAAUAAAGAUAAUUUAUUCAGUAUAAACAGGGUUAGUGGUGAAAUAAGAAGUACAAGAGUACUGGAUCGAGAAAAGGUUUCUCAGCAUAUUUUAUCCAUCAAAGCUUCUGAUAAAGGAACACCUGCCCAGAGCUCAAUAGUCAAAGUAGUUAUCAAUGUUUUAGAUGAUAAUGACAAUGCACCAAGAUUUUCUCAGAUAUUCAGUGCAUCGGUUCCAGAGAAUGCGGCUUUGGGCUAUGUAGUUACUCAAGUCACAACGUCAGAUGAGGAUUCUGGGGCAAAUGCAAUUAGUAGGUACACAAUUGCAGAUAGUAGUCUUCCUUUCCACAUAAACCUCAAUUCAGGUGUGAUAACUGUAAGCAGACCAAUCAACAGAGAAGAUACCGAUCGCUACAUUGUUCGAGUCUCUGCUCAUGAUUCUGGGUGGACUGUAAGCACCGAUGUUACCAUAUUUGUGACUGAUGUGAAUGAUAAUGCUCCACGAUUUAGUAAGCCGUCCUACUAUUUAAACUUUCCAGAGACAGCAGAGCCUGGAGUUAAGAUUACUCAGGUUUUAGCAUCUGAUCCUGAUGAAGGACUGAAUGGCCAAGUGUAUUACUUCAUCAAAUCUCAAUCUGAAUUUUUUAGAAUCAAUUCUACAACGGGAGAGAUAUUUAAUAAGCAACAUUUAAAGUAUCAGAACCCUAGUACAUCAGGAAACAUUAAUAUCAAUAGACACAGUUUUAUUGUCAGUGCCUCUGACAGAGGUAGUCCUCCUCUCAUGAGCGAAACCACAUUAUCAAUUAACGUUGUUGACAGCAAUGACAACCCCCCUAAGUUUUUACAAAGCAAAUAUUUUACUCCUGUAGCCAAAAAUGCAAAAAUUGGCACAAAACUAAUUAAAGUUACAGCUGUUGAUGAAAAAGACUUUGGAUUGAAUUCUCAAGUGGAAUAUUCUAUGUCAGCUGAGAUCUCUGGUGGAAAGUUUCAUAUCAACAAAGACUCGGGAUGGAUUAGUGUGGUCUCUUCUUUAAUGAUGGAUUUACAUAAAAAUUAUAUGAUUAAAGUUAUAGCAAAAGACAAAGGUAAUCCUCCACUAUCAUCACAGGUAAUGGUUAACAUUACCGUAACUGAGGAAAACUACCAUACACCAGAAUUCUCUCAAAGCCAUAUAAGCAUAACUGUCUUGGAAAGUUUUACAGUGGGAGCAGUGAUCAGGACUGUAUCAGCAAGGGACAGGGAUACUUCUAUGAAUGGAGUGAUCACAUAUAACAUAACGGCAGGAAAUGAAGCUGGUCUCUUUGCUAUAAACACUUCCACAGGUGCAUUAUCUUUGUCCAAAAACCUUGACUAUGAAGCGUGCCAAAAACAUGACUUAACCAUCAGUGCUGUCGAUGGAGGAUGGGUUGCUAAAACAGGUUACUGUGUUGUAACAGUACAAGUUAAAGAUGUUAAUGACAAUCCUCCUGUUUUCCAGUCAGAAUACUAUAUGCCCAGUGUCAUGGAAAAUGCACCGAGUGGCACAACGGUUAUACGUCUGAAUGCAACUGACGCAGAUUCUUCACCGCAUGCAGUAACAGCUUAUUCCAUACAGUCAUCAGACAGUGACCUUUUUGUAAUUGACCCAAACACUGGUGUGAUCACUACCCAAGGUUUUCUGGAUUAUGAAACAAAGCAGUCUUACCACCUCACUGUGAAAGCAUUCAAUGUUCCCGAUGAAGAACGCUGCAAUUUUGUAAGUGUUACAGUCCAGCUUCAGGGAACAAAUGAAUAUGUACCUCGAUUUGUAUCAAAAAUGUAUUAUUUUGAAGUUUCUGAGGCUGCUCCGAAAGGCACUGUAGUCGGGGAAGUUUUUGCAAGUGACCGAGAUUUAGGGGUUGAUGGGGAAGUCCACUAUUUAAUUUUUGGUAGCAGCAGGAAAAAGGGCUUCCAGAUUGAGAGAAAGACGGGGAAACUAUAUGUUUCUGGUCUUUUAGAUAGAGAAAAGGAAGAAAGAAUCUCACUAAAAGUCUUGGCAAAAAAUAUUGGCAGUAUUCGUGGUGCUGAUAUAGAUGAAGUUAAUGUUAACGUCACUGUACUUGAUGCUAAUGAUCCUCCUGUUUUCAGCUUAAAAUUUUAUAAUGUUCAAAUCAGUGAAGGUGUACCCCCUGGUACACAUGUUACAUUUGUUAGUGCCUUUGACUCUGACUCAGUUCCUAGCUGGAGCCGAUUUUCCUAUUUUAUUGGUUCUGGAAAUGAUAAAGGGGCCUUUUCAAUUAAUCCACAAACAGGCCAGGUUACUGUCAAUACUGAAUUAGAUAGAGAAACCACACCAAUCUAUAACCUUACUGUGUUAGCUAUUGACUCAGGAACACCCUCUGCAACAGGAAGUGCUACCCUAAUUGUAUCCCUAGAAGAUCUUAACGACAAUGGGCCUGCUCUAUCUACAACAGAAGGCGAGGUCAAGGAAAAUCACAGAGCAGGAACUCAUGUGAUAACACUGCAAUCCACAGACCUGGAUCUUCCUCCAAAUCAAGGUCCAUUUCAUUAUUAUCUCCUUAGCACUGGACCUGCUACCAGCUAUUUUAGCCUUAGUCCGGGUGGAGUUCUUACUACAACCAGAGAAAUUGAUAGGGAACAGAUCAGUGAAUUUUUAUUAUCUGUUGUGACAAGAGAUUCUGGUUUUCCACAAAUGUCUUCCACGGGAACUGUACAUGUUAAAGUUAUUGACCAAAAUGACAACCCAUCUGAAUCAAGGACAGUUCAAAUUUUUGUUCAUUAUUAUGGAAAUGUCUUUUCUGGUGGCACUUUGGGCAGUGUGAAACCUCAAGAUCCUGAUGUUUUGGAUAGCUUCCACUGUACUUUAACAUCAGGAGUUACAAGUCUUUUCAGUAUUCCAGCAGACAGUUGUGACCUCCAUUCUCAGUCAAGGUCUACUGAUGGGACAUUUGAUCUUAUGGUUCAUAGUAAUGAUGGUGUACACAGUGCAGUCACAAAUAACGUCAGAGUUUUCUUUACAGGAUUCAGUAACGCUACAAUUGAUAACAGUAUUCUUCUCAGGCUAAAUAUACCAACUGUUAAAGAUUAUUUAACCAACAAUUACCUGCAUUUCUUGCGUAUAGCCAAUUCACAAUUGACUGGGCUUGGAACUGCAGUACAAGUGUGCGGGGUGUUUGAAAAGAAUAACAGGACUUAUGUCAUGACUGCUGUGAAAAGAAACAAUAAUCAGUACGUUAACCCAAGUGGAGUAGGCACUUUCUUUGAGAGCAUCAAAGAAAUAUUAUUCCGUCAAAGUGGAGUAUGGAUAGAAUCAGUAGACCAUGACUCUUGUGCACAUAAUCCUUGUCAUAAUGGAGGAAGUUGUAUGAGAAGACUUGCUGUAAGUUCAGGGAUUACAGUUUUGGAGAGUGUUCCUGUAAUAAUAGUAGCAAAUGAACCGCUUCAAACAUUCAUUUGCAAGUGUUUGCCAGGAUAUGAAGGAAAUUUAUGUGAAACUGAUAUUGACGAAUGUUUGCCACUUCCAUGUCAUAAUGGUGGAACCUGCCUCAACCUAGUUGGAGGAUUUUCCUGCAGUUGCCCAGAUGGUUUCACAGGAAUUGCUUGUGAGAGAGAUAUCAAUGAGUGCCUUUCCAGUCCUUGCAAAAAUGGCGGCUUAUGCCAGAAUUUUCCAGGAGGCUUUAACUGUGUUUGCAAAGCUGGUGCCACAGGUAAACUGUGUGAAUCUGCCAUUAAUUAUUGUGAAUGCAACCCAUGUUUUAAUGGGGGAUCUUGCCAAAGUGGAGUGGAUGGAUACUACUGCCAAUGUCCUUUUGGUGUUUUUGGAAAACACUGUGAAUUAAACAGCUAUGGGUUUGAAGAACUAUCCUACAUGGAGUUUCCCAGUUUGGAUCCCAAUAAUAAUUAUAUUUACAUAAAGUUUUCUACCAUUAAAUCUAAUGCCUUGCUGCUGUAUAAUUAUGACAAUCAGACUGGUGAUACAGCCGAAUUUCUUGCUCUAGAGAUAGUGGAGGAAAGACUGAGGUUCUCCUAUAACCUUGGUGGUGGAACUUAUAAACUCACUACAAUGAAGAAAGUAUCAGAUGGACAUUUCCACACAGUGAUUGCACGGAGAGCUGGAAUGGCUGCGUCACUGACAGUAGAUACUUGCUCAGAGGAUCGGGAACCAGGGUUCUGCACCGUCAGUACUUCAGCUGUUUCCAGUGACUGGACUCUGGACGUUCAGCCAAACAGAAUAACAGUAGGAGGUAUCAGAUCCCUGGAACCAAUACUACAAAGAAAAGGACAAGUACAAAGUCAUGACUUUGUAGGUUGUAUAAUGGAAUUUGCAGUGAAUGGGCGUCCUCUAGAACCUAGCCAAGCUUUGUCAGCACAAGGAAUCCUAGAUCGGUGUCCAAGAUUAGAAGGAGUCUGCACUACAAGUUCUUGCCAAAAUGGAGCAACCUGCAUUGAUAAUUGGUCCUGGCAGCAAUGUAACUGUAAAGAUGGCUUUACUGGAAAGCACUGUGAAAAGUAUAUAAGCCCAGACACUGCCUUAUCAUUGGAAGGUAAAGGUUACUUUGAAUACACCAUAAGCCAGACCAAGAAAAGAGACUAUCUUUUAAGACAUCGUAUUGUGGAUUCAGAGACUAUCUACAUAAAUAACUUAGAGAUAAAAUUCAGGACAAGAAGUGACAAUGGCAUUUUACUUCAGGUUCAUGAAAGUAGUAAUUACACUAUGGUAAAGGUGAAAAAUGGCAAAUUACACUAUACAUCAGAUGCAGGAGUUGCAGGAAAAGUAGAGAGAAAUAUUCCGGAAAUAUAUGUAGCUGAUGGACGGUGGCAUACUCUUCUAAUGGAGAAGAAUGGUUCACUAACUACCUUGUCUUUGGACAAUACCUACAACCGAGAUAUUCAUCAUGUAACACAAGACUUUGGAGGUCUCAAUGUUCUUACUCUUCAACUCGGUGGAUCUCAAGUUGGACAAAUAUCUCAAAACAAUCAGAAUGGCUUUGAUGGUUGCAUUGCCUAUGUGAAGUAUAAUCGGGAGAAUCUUCCAUUCAGUGGAAAACAUGAUACUGUUCGCAUAUCUAAAUCAGAGACAUCAGUUAAACUAGGAUGUAGGGGUCCUAAUAUAUGUGCCAGUAACCCCUGUUGGGGGGACUUGAUGUGCAUAAAUCAGUGGCAUGCUUACACCUGUGUACCACCUGGGGACUGUUCCUCAAACCCUUGCCAAAAUGGAGGAAGUUGUGAACCUCAUUCCCAAUCUGGAUUUAACUGCAUCUGUCCUGAGACACACACUGGAAAACUGUGUGAAUCUGUCAUAGCUUGUCUUGGUGUAGUUUGCCCUCAGGGUAAUGUUUGUAAGAGUGGAUUAAAUGGAGGAUAUAUAUGUACUUUAAGCACAAAUAUUGAGCAGCUGUCUCUCCCACUUUGGGCAGUCCCAGCAAUUGUUGGAAGCUGUGCUACUAUUCUUGCUCUACUGGUCCUUAGCUUGAUUUUGUGCAACCAGUGCAGAGGAAGAAAAAACAAAGUGCCAAAAGAGGAGAAGAAACCAAAAGAAAAGAAGAAAAAGGGAAGCGAGAAUGUUGCCUUUGAUGAUCCUGAUAAUAUUCCGCCUUAUGGUGAUGAUAUGACUAUAAGAAAACAGCCUGAAGGGAACCCUAAACCUGAUAUUAUUGAAAGGGAAAACCCCUAUCUCAUAUAUGAUGAAACAGAUAUACCACACAGCUCAGAAAUAAUACCCAGUGCACCUUUAGCUAUGCCUGAUGCGGAAAUCGAGCACUAUGAUAUUGAUAAUGCCAGUAGUAUUGCUCCCUCUGAUGCUGAUAUUAUUCAACACUAUAAGCAAUUCCGUAGCCACACUCCUAAAUUUUCAAUUCAAAGACAUAGUCCACUUGGCUUUGCACGACAAUCUCCACUGCCUUUGGGCACAAGCAGUUUAACAUAUCAACCAUCCUAUAGCCAGGGACUCAGAACUGCUACACUUGGCCAUUCUGGAUGUCCCCCUCCCAAUGCUUUGUCUCGUCAUAGCCCAGCACCAUUUUCCAAGUCAUCAACAUUUUACAGAAGCAGUCCAGCACGAGAACUACAUCUCUCAUCUUUGGAAAUGCAUAAUGAUGUCUGCCAGCCUGGUAUGUUUAAUUAUGCAACUCGUCUGGGUAGAAGAAGCAAGAGUCCCCAAACAAUGGCAGGCCAUAACUCCAGACCAGGAAGUCGUCUUAAACAACCUAUAGGACAGAUUCCAAUGGAAAGUGGCCCCCCUGUUGGUCUUUCAAUAGAGGAAGUUGAAAGACUUAAUACUCCCAGACCAAGAAAUCCUAGCAUCUGCAGUGCAGACCAUGGGAGAUCUUCAUCGGAAGAGGACUGCCAGAGGCCUCUUUCAAGAAUAAGGAAUCCAGCUGAUGGAAUUCCUGCUCCAGAAUCAUCAUCUGAUAGUGAUUCACAUGAGUCCUUCACAUGCUCGGAAAUGGAGUAUGAUAGAGAUAAGCCAAUGGUGUACACAUCAAGAAUGCCAAAAUUAACUCAAGUUAAUGAGUCAGAUGCAGAUGAUGAAGACAAUUAUGGUGCUAGACUAAAGCCCCGGCGAUAUCCAGGCCGCAGAGCUGAGGGUGGGCCUUCAGGAGCUCAAUCACCAACAGCUACUCUACCAGCUGAUAGUACAUUACCUAUGAAGCUAACCCAGCAAGCUAGCAAUUUCAACUGGGACAAUCUCUUGAACUGGGGUCCAGGUUUUGGGCAUUAUGUAGAUGUUUUUAAAGAUCUGGCUUCACUACCAGAAAAGGAUACAACAGUUAUAAAUGAGGAAUUGAAGGCAAGUCCAUCUAAAACAAGUUCUAAAGAUGGAGAAGCAGAACAAUAUGUCUAGAUAUGACAUAACUGGAUUGUAGAAUUGCAGAUGGUUAUGACAGUCAAACAUUAUAUGUUUGUUUACAGCAAAACGUCUCCAUUUUAAGAACCGGCCAGUGCAGUCUAUGAAUUAAGGAGACAUUUUUAAAAUAAUAAACUUAUUGCUGCUGGAAAGGACUGACAUGUAUUUAAAGCAAUUUUGUUCAUUAUUCAAUUUAUCUGCAUGUAUUGCACUUCACAACCUAAUUUCCAGCAUGCACAAUGUUAAGUAGACUUUCUACUUUAAACUGGUCCCAUUGUGAUACUUGUGGAUGUUAUAAUUGAUGUUGUCUUUCUCAGUUAUGUUAAUAAUUCAGAUGUAGCAUGUCAUUUUUUUUAUUGCUCUGAAGGGAUAAGGACAUUGAAAGAUUCAUUUUCUAAGAACAUCUAAUGUACCUAGAUUAUAACACUACAGAUAUGUAACGAAUAACACAAACUAUUGGCAAAAU